AUGAAGAGACCACACUCGCCAACAAGAAUGCCCUCACGGCACGGUGAUCCACCUGCUCCUGACUGCAGACGAUCCACUUCACCACCACCUAAUUCUUUUGAUGGAAUGUGUGUGCGAAAUGAUUUCCGACAGACCAAGAAAGAUCUAUUAGAGGUUAUUGUUGACUUGGACAAAACAGAACACUCUAUAAGCUCACUGAAGGGCCAGCUCAAAACUGCAAAAGACCCUCUGAAAGCUCAAUUGGAUUCACAGCGCGUUUCUCUAAAUAUGAAAAUAAGCAAGCAGAAGAAAGCGUAUAACAAACUUAAGAAUAGAGUGUAUCUUAUUGACAAAGAAAUGAAGUUUUUGUCCAGACGCAGCCAACAGGAUAUUGAAGAUGGGGAAAUCAGCAGUGUGCAGGUGAAGCUGGAGGAGGAGGAGGAGGAGGAGGAGGAGUAUGGUGAUUCAGGCCCACAACAGCGAGAGAAGAAAAGAAUGUAG